UUGCUCAAAUUUCUUGACCAUAGCCCCCUUUUCAUGUUUAGCUGGAUCAUUGCAACUAACAAUGAUUCUCUCAGAGUUCUCACCCAUCUGCGUAAACUGCUGCCAUUCCCAUGAGGUCGACAACCUCCGUGCAGUCGUCUCCAUACCUCGGUCGCGCCUCCCACAACUCGGUCCCGCCCGUGCUUCUUCUAUCGGCAACCCCAGCCCAAGCUCCUCCCGCCGGCAGCCCCAGCCCAAGCUCCUCUGGUGCCAUUCCUGUGAAGCUCAACGACCUCCGCGCAUGCGGGGCGGAAGGCUGAAUCCUCCCCUUGACGCCUCCAGCGCCGCGGCGGCUUCUCCCUCCAAUGCCGCCUCCACCGCCAUUGCCCAUCCCCGACCGAAUCCAACUCUCUCUCAGGCGCGCCCGACUUGAAUCCCGUCCCCUUGUGGAAACAUACCAGAGGAUCUACAAGCCAAAUCCCGGUGAAGAGAAGAUAAGGGAGAAUAAUUCAGUCUUUUGUUCACUUUGUUCAUCUAUAUAUCAACUGAUUCGGAAUCAGGUGAUGAAUUAAUGCUUAAACGUGCAAAAGGGGCUUAUGAUCAAGAGGCAAAUCAAACAAGGGGGCUCAUAAGCAAGGCAGACAAAGAAAGGGUCGUAUGAGCAAAGGCAGAUGAACUAGAGGGGUUAUAAUCGAUUCUCCCCUUCCUACCCCGUGACCCAAACCUCGCCGGCGAUGGCGGCGGAAGCGUCGAGCUCGUCGGCUUUCCGCGAGGACGAUUCGCUCCUGCGGCCCCUCGCCGCGCGUGGGUGGCGCUUCCGUGACACCGCGGACGAGUCCAUCCAGGCCCUCCUCCACGCAUCCCCCUCCCCGUCGCCGGAGGCCCUGGAGGCCGACCUCCUCGACACGGACCUGAGGCUCUUCGGCGGGAAGUCCCUCCCCGACCGCGCCGCCACCACCGCGACGAAGCGGCUCUCCUACCUCCACGGCCCCAUCGUCCUGCAGGUAGUUUCUGUAAGGGAUAUAUAUAGCAGCAGAGUCGAUGCUUCUUUUAAGAACCCACAGCAACGCCGCCUUCUGCGGUUUGGUCUCACUGAUGGUAUUUCUGAAGCAGUGGCCAUUGAGUUUUCCCCUAUCCCGUUCAUCACAGAAGAGAUAGCCCCAGGUACCAAGAUUCGUCUUGAGAACAUGAUUCCAGUAAAUCAUGGCAUACUGUGCCUGAGUGCAAAAAAUGUGAGCGUCGUCGGGGGAACUGUCCAAUCUUUGUAUGAGGAAUGGAAGAUGAACCAGAAAUUCUCAGGCUUAUCACGCCCAGUAUUGAGGUUGUCACAAGAUGACGAUGGAGUUGGGCCUCCACCAUUUGAGAAAUUAGAUAUCGAAGCACGUCCAAACAGGACAUUCCAGUUGCAAGAAUACCCCGACCAGAAGGCUAGAAACUUGGCAGUCGCUCAUGACCACGUGUCGGUUAAUUCCAGUUCAAAACCUACGAAUGAGGGUUCAAGUAACAUGAACAAAGAGAAUACAGCUAGCAAAGCUGAACCCAAACAGUCUACUGCAGAUAUCAGGCCAAAAGAAGUAAGCGAAGCUGUCCCUGUUCAGAACCAAGCUGCUGCACAGAAACUACUGCAGAAAAUGGCUAUCCCCGAAGAUAGGCAUGGUCGGGGUCGAUUCAAGGGCAGGAGCAAGCAGGAAGAGACUCCGGUCUUCACCCUUGAUGAAUGGGAGAGGAGAAAAGCAGGCGGUUCAAUGUCCACAGCAGAAAGGCAUAUACAAGACACCAGUCGAGACGAGGAACUGGCAAGACAACUCCAAGAACAACUAGAUCUAGAAGAUUCCCACGCGAUGCCCGUGACUUCAGAGGCCGAACGCCUGCGGAUGAACAUGUUCAGCUUCAAUGGCCCUGAAGAAAUGGGUGGCGGGAGAAGAGAUUUCCGAGGGCGCGGGCGGGGAAGGGGCCGAGGGCGAGGUCGAGGGAGGGGAAGAUUUUAGCACAGUUUCAAAACCGUGUUUUUUUAGGGUACUCUGCAAUCUUCAGAGAUGGUGGCAGUAAUAGUGGUAUUGAUGAUGAUCAUCAUCACCUUUUGAAACGGAGGCGGUAGUGUCAUGAUGGUCAUCUUAAAAGCUUCUCUCUGUAGUAUCUUAUGACGAUGAUGAUGACCUUUUAACUCUUUAUUAAGCAUUUUCGUUUCACUCUGAGUUGAGUUGCCUCACCUGAUGCCAGCUAGCAAAAUGUCAAGGGUUCAGAAACAAGUCAAGCAACAUGUGUAUUUCCAUGGAAGAUUUUGAUUUUACUCGUGGAUU